UUCCUUUGCCAAAACGGACCGAAUUAUUUUUGGACCACCACAGCCAACGUACAUACCCUUUCCCCUACCGGAUGAGUGCUUUCUUUUUAACUUUGAAUACAGAGAUGGUCUCUUCAUUACUUAGUGCUUUUGCAAAGACCGUACUUUAAUUGUUUUAUUUUUCACAAUGUUCACCACCACUGGAUCCCGAGGACUCUACAAAGCUCCCCUGUCAAAAGCUCUGCUCCUGGUGCUCAGCGGGCUGAGUGUCCUGCUGACCUUCCUUCCCCAGUACCAUCAUCUGUUGACGUACAGCCUGUUGGCCAUCACAGAGCAACGCCAGGUGUGGAGGUUAGUGUUUGGGCGGCUCAUCUGUCUGGAUCUGAAGGACACGUUCUGCAGCAGCCUGCUCAUCUACAACUUCCGCAUCUUCGAGAGGAGGUUCGGCAGCAGAAAGUUUGCUUCUUUCCUGUUUGGAACGUGGGUCCUCACAGCUCUGGUGGACCUUCUGUUGGCCAAGGUGUUCCAUUUCCUGUUUGAAUACCAAGUGGACGAGCUGCCUGCUGGUCUGCUAGGCCCGGUCUUCAGCCUGUUUGUGCCUUUCUACUCGUCCAUCCCCAAGGUUCCAGUCACUCCACUCCUGGGUCAGAUCUCCAUCACCAAUAAGUCCCUGAUGUACAUCGUAGGCCUGCAGCUCCUGACUUCCAGUCCAUUCAUGUGGCUCGUCGCCCUUGGCGGUGUGGUCUCGGGGAUGCUGUAUCACUAUAACACCCUCGGGAUACAGCGGCUGCUCUUCGUGCCCCAGUGGUUGUCUCACAGUGGGGCCUACCUCCUGGAGCCCCUGUUCUCCGGCCCCCCGCCAACCACCGACAGCCCCCCAGGGAUGGGGGCUACACUGGACGUUCAGAGGCAGCAGAGGAUGGACGUUCUGGACCAGGAGUUGCUGCUUGCCCAGUUCAACCAGGCCCGGAGAAACCAGAGACAGGGUGGCCUAAUAAACUGGAACAGAUUGUUCCCAUCGUUGAGACAUAGAAGACAGAACCACCACCCAGAACCCCAGCAGCCACACCCCUCUCCCCAGCAGCCACACCCCUCUCCCCAGCAGCCACACCCCUAUGCUCCGCCAGUGCAACUGGAGCCCACAGCUCCUCCUCUGGACAACCUUCCUGUAGCUGAAGACCAGGUUGCCAGAUUGGUUGAGAUGGGAUUCUCCAGGCUGGAUGCUCAGGAGGCCCUCAGAGCCUCCAACAACGACAUCAACAUGGCAACCAACUUUCUGCUGCAGCAUUUAGGGUAGGGAAAGGGGUACGGAAAUACGGAGGGACUGACCGAGAAAUGACAAGGAGGAGAGGUAACAGUACAGAUGGUCUGGCUCGCUCGAAAAACAGGGCCCUCCUGGGGUCGUAGCCCCAUCAUGGUCAUUUAGGUGGAGGCUAGGGUGUCGGUGACUCUGGGACAACAGUGCCAGAGAGGCUGACCAUGUGACUACACAGUUACCAGGGCAGGGAAGGAUGUGUCAAUGCUGCUGCCGUUUCUCACAGGGCUUCCUGAUGAGUUGAGUUUUCGCUAAUCAGUCUUAUUCCGGACACUCUGUCAUAUUCCGGAUUCUCUGGCUACUCUGUCAUAUUCCGGAUACUCUCUUAUUCUGGAUACUCUGUCUUAUUCCAGAUACUCUGAGUAUGCAGUUCUGUCAGGGAUUCUGAGGGGUGAACAGUAAAGAUCAUGAAACUGAUGCACUCAGGGUUUUUUGCCUCUAGUGUCUUCUCUAUCAUUAUGAUGGCUCAAAAUAGAAUGAUUUCCUCCACAGUUUCACCCUGUUAAAUCUCACACAUGCCCGGUAACACACACACAAACAUACUCACAAAACUUCCUGCCGCACGGUUAGUUAUGAGUCAGUAGGCUGUGAUUAACGGUUUCUAUUGUGAGUCUAUUCCUAAUACUGAGUUAAUCUCAAAUCUUGCUGGUUUAAAAUGAAGAGACAAAAUCUUGUACAACCCCCUUUGAAAGAUCUGUGCAGGUAUGUUACCCAAAGCAGUGGUUCUUCAGUGUCAUCUGUCCAGUUAAUCUCAUGGUGGAAUAAAAUACUGCCGACAAGCUAAUCAUUUGAUUUUAAAAUGACUGUUUUAAUAACAAGCUUGUGACAUUGUGACUUCCCACUAUCGAUUAAUAAGUAAAAUGGAUUCUGUCUCAUGUCAGUGAGUGAAGUGAUGAUUGUGGUUAUGUUUUGGUUAAGCUAUGCCUGUUUGUUUAAUUAUUAGAAUGCAACCACUGAAAUAUCGUAAAUAAUUAUGCAAUGUGGUGGUAUAGUCUGUUCACCAUUACAGCAGUGUAAUGGCCAAUAAAUGAACCUACCUCUCACAUGUUACUUGUCUUGAAUAUUAAAUAAGGUUAAAUAAUGUA